AUGUAUCCAAUCGUGAAGGCCUCACAAAUUAAGAACCAACAGUCUCUUUAUGAGACUGCCUCUCUCACCCUUUAUCUUUCUCUUUCGCACUCUCUCUGUGAGACUUUCUCUUCCUCUCUCUUUCUCUUUCUCAGAAGAGAGAGACUCUCUUUCCCACUCUCUUUCUCUUUGUCUAUCUUUCUUUCUCUUUCAUCUAAAACACGCUCUCUUCUAAAACUCUCUAUCCUGAAACUCAUUAUUUCUCUCUCUAUCUCUCUCUAUAUCUAUCUAUUUUCUGAGGCUCUCCCCUCUCUUCUUCUGAAACACUCACUUCCUCUCUCUUUCUCCUCUUUUCUUUGUCUUUCGCUCUUUCUCUAUCUUCUGAAAUUCUCUCUCUCAUUUAAGCUCUAUUUCUCCUUCUCUCUUGAAACUAUCUCUCUCUUUUUCCCCUCUCUCUCUCUCUCUCUCUCUCUCUCUCUUUCUAUCUAUAUUCUGAGACUCUCUUUCUCUCUCAAAAGGAGAGAGAAUGAAGAAAACGAAGAUGAAGGGGGGGGAAACAAUAAUAAUAGCAAUAUAUAA